CACUCUUAAUAAGACAGCUCGGUGACGAACCUAAGAGUUGAGAUCAAGUCUAAAUGAAUUUGCGGCGGUGAUGAGAUGGGAGAGACGGGCGGGAGGCGAAACACGGGGAAUUUAUAGGCAUCGGUGCACUACACUGCGCUGCGUGUUAUUAUUACAACUAUGGUUCGCUAUCAUGAUUGAUGUAUUGGCUGAUAUGAGCUUUCCGAAGUGGCUUGAUACAGUAUUUUGGCUCGGAAAAAUAGUGUAGUAGUUAAUCAAGGAGAUAUUAUGAAAGCUACUUCGUCGCUAAAACCUAAGAACUCCUUUCUGUGUCUCAGAAGUUGAAAAG